CGCCUGGCGGCGGCGGCGGCGGUGAGCCGCUCGUGGCGGAGGGCGCAGCGGCAGCGGACGAGGCCGAAACACCGGAGCAGGACGUGGUGGCGGACGCGGCCGCCAGCAGCAGCUACUGGCCCGUGGAACCCAGGACUCUUGGCACUGCGCGUGCCAGCGGUGGCGACUGGCCUGCCGCGCAGAACGUGGCCGCGGCCGCGGCCGCCAGCGGUGGCGACUGGCCUGCCGCGCAGAACGUGGCCGCGGCCGCGGCCGCCAGCGCGGUGGCAACUGGACUGUCGUGCAAAGCGCAGGAGAAGCCGCACCUGUCAGCAGCAGCAGCAGCAGCAGCGACUGGCCCAUGGACCAGGAGGGGGCAGCCGUCGCAGUUGGUCGGCCCGCCGCGCUGGGCACCGCCCCCGUCGGUGGCGGCGGGUGGCCUGUGGCGCAAGUCGCCGCGGAGGCUGCUGUCGAGGCCGAGCGACCACAGGGUGCGGCGGCGGGCGGCGCGGCCGCUGGCCUGCCGCCAGGGGGCCGCCCGGGCUCGGAGUGGCCAGUCGCCGCAGCAGGCGAGCAGCCACUGCUGAGCCCCACGGGCUCCUGGCCGCACGCUGCCGCCACGGGCGCCGGGCUCGGCAUGCCGCCAGAGCGGCUGGCCGCGGAGCAGUCCGCGGGGGGCCUCCGGGGCCUGAUAGACCAGCUCACCAGCCAGCUGGACGAGGAGCUGCGCAGGCGCGAGGCGGAGGAGGCGGAGCUCGAGGCCCGGGCUGCGGAGAAGCAGAGGCUGCUGGACGAGCUGGCCGCGGUGCAGCGCAGGCGGCAGGCGGUGCUGGCCGAGACGGAGGAGGACCUGGCCGCCGCGCGGGACACGGAGCGGCAGCACGCGGAGCUGGCCGGGGCGCUCCAGGAGCUGCGGGUGGACUGCGAGGCGAAGGAGGCGGAGCUCGAGAAGCUGCGCGAGGCCGCGCGCUUGCGCGACGGCGGCGGCCGCGACUGGGCGCGGGACGGCCCCGAGAAGGACGCGCUGGUGGAGACGAAGCUGCGGAUCGCAGAGGCGCACGAGCAGCUGGCGCAGAUGCGGCAGCAGCUGUGGCUCAACCGGGAGGGGCUCAAGCGGCAGCUCGCCGAGCUCCAGGCCGAGGGCGCGGCGCUGCGAGCGCCGGCUCGCGGCCGUCGGCGGUGAUUCGGCGCUGAGCGCCUCUGGGCGCUGACUCGUCGCCUUGUCUCUUCCUCAUCCACUUCAUCCUCGGAGGACGAAAAGGCACCGAUACCGAUACCGCGACGAA